AUGGUGAACCCAGGAAUCGACGGUUCUGGGAGAAGCGGAGCAGGGGGAGGACUAGCAGGAGCCGGCGGCUCGGGCCAGCGAAGUCCAGCUAUUCCACGUUCUACGCGGUCCGUUGGCGGAGUUGGAAGCGCCUCCUUUGGCGGGGGAAAGGGGGGAAGGAUUGGCGGAGCAGCAGGAAUGACCGCCGGCGCGUUUGGAAGCGCUGGCGGUGCGGCUGGUUCCGACGAAGCGCGACUUCCCGACCUAUACAGAGGCGGAGACUCAGCUUUCGGAAACGAGUGGGAAACUGCCGAACCUGGCAAGGCGUCUCGGCGAGCAGCUUCGGACGGCGAAGCAUCCGGUUUCACUUCCAAACCUUCGAGUUUGAUCCGGUCCCGAACCUUAGACGCAGAUACGCUAUGCGGGGAAGACGACGACGACCCUAGUAACGCAGGCUCGGGAUCCUCCCCAAGCAGACCGUCAGGUCCGGACGGGCCGGUUGGGAAUCCACGCCGCCGAGCCGAACGUUCAGGUGCGGGAAACAGGCCUGGAACAGGGUCGUACCUGCCGAUAUACCGACAGAUUGGCGUUCCGCGCAGCUCCUCUCACGACCCUGCCAGUGUGUUCGCGCAAAAGCAGCUUCACGCCGCGUUCCCCGGGCAGGAGUGGGAAGAAGCGCUUAAAGAUGGCAGCGGGUCGCCGAGCGGCGGAGUGAGCUUCGGGCGGAGCAACAGCGGAGGGGGGGCUGGGGCGGGCGGGGGAGGGGGCGGAAGAGCGGGAGGAGUUGCGGGCGCGCGCGGCGGCGGCGGAGCCUCGGGAAUGCCGAGGUCGGCUCUAGGCGGGGCUGGGUCCUCGCCGUUUUCCAUUCAGGGGAAGGUGGUAUCCGGGGCAGGGCGAUCUAUGAUGAUGCCUCCGCGCAACUCGUCCGUCCCCGCGUCGUUGCCCGCGCAUAAAGGCACCGCCACAGGGCUCCUAGACUCCGCGCGCGGAGGCGGCGGCGGAAGGCAGCUCCGCGCGUUCGCGUCCGCCGCGCCAGGGCGCAUGGACGGCCCCGCCGGCCUGGGGUCGGAGCUGGGCCGGCGCGACUCGUACAACCUGAUUCUGGACCAGUUUCUGUCAACAGACGAAAACGCUAGCGGCCCGAAUUCGCCCGCCACAGGAAUGGGGACGGAGGAGAGGAGGGGACCGGCGGAGAUUGGCGCGGGGGUGGAGUUACGGAGGGUUGUAACCACGGGGAGGGCGCAGAGAGCGGAAAGGGGGGGAACUGGGGGGGGUUCCGCGGAUAUUUUGGUGGUAGAGAGCGGUGGUGAUGGUGGUAACGCUGACGGGAGUCUGUACGGCGGGGGUAGGAUGCAAGGAGGGGUGCGGCUGCAUGGGAGUAAUAGUUUCCACGGGCACCCCAGUAGUGGUGGUGCUGGUGGUGCUGGUGGUGGUGGGGGUUUCGAUGGCACUAACAGCACAACAGCACCACCUGCUCCUGCUGCUUCUGGUGCUGCUGCUGGUGGUGCUGCGUCAGCAAUAAGCCAUUCACCCCACUCCGUUCACCAUCCAGCAUAUAGGCACUUCCCCCGCUCCUCCAGCGACAGCGGAAGGAAAUCCUCCCCUGGUCGUCGGGCCAGCCCUAGCACCAGCCCCAGCCGCGGCGUGGGAGGCAUAGGCGGAAGCAACCUUGCGCCUCCCCCGCUCGUCUCCCCCCACCACCACUUGGACGGGGGGCCGGGGCUGGGUAUGGGGGCGCAUAGCGCCGCCUGCAGCUGGACUGGCGGAGGGAUGGGCGGAGGCGUUGUGGGGGGAUUUGGGGGAGCAGCCGCAGCAGGGGCAGCAGCAGCAGGAGCAGGGGCAGCAGGGGCAGGAAACGGUGUUUCGACACAGUCACCAUCACAGCAGCAGCCGCAGCAGCAGCAGCAGCAGCAGCUGAUGCGGCAGCCACCCCUACAGCCGCUGCCACAGCCGCAGUUUCUGCGGCUGGCAGCAGCAGGGGGUGGGAGUAUGGGUGGGGGAGGGGGCACAGGCACAUCACACAGGAGAGGGAAGAGCGAAUACGCCCUAAGUUCAGGGCAGAAACUAUUGCGGCAGAGCUCAGGAUCCGUGGGGGAUGGUGUGGAUUACAGCAGUAGUUUUGAGAGUUACUCCGCUGCUGCUGGCGCUGACGUGGCACGAGAUGGAACGGACGGGGACUCGGACCACGGGCAGGUUAACGGGCAGCGGAAAAGUCGGGGGCAGGUGCCGGGAGGGAGUGGGAACGGGAGGCAGAAGCACAGGCGAGCGGUUAGCGAUAACGAGUGUGCUCAACCAGGGGGAUCGGAGUCUGGGGAGGGGGAGGAAGGGGGAAGGGGGGGUGUGGGGGAGGUAUGGGCGGAUGGACAGGGGGAGAGGGGCAGGGGAGGGAGAAAGGGGGGCGGAGAGGGUGGGGCAAUGCAUGGGGGCGGUUGGGAAGAGGGGGGUGAAGAGGGCGGGGCAGAUGGGAAGGGGACGGGGCGGGGGGGAGGGGGAGGGGAAGAAGACGGGGGAGGAGAGGAGGAGGAGAGUGAGUCGGGUAGUGUGGUGGAGUGGGCGUUAGCAGGGUCGCCCCAAAGCAUCUCGGCUGUAGCAGGGGCGGCAGACGGGGGAAGGGGAGGUGGAGGAGGGGGCAGGGAGGCGGAAGGAAGCUUCCGGCGCAGAGGCAGCGGCAGUAGAGCAGUAGCAGCAGCGUCAACAGCAGCAAGGGGGGGAGCAGAGGGAGCAGAGGGAGCAGGGGGAGCAGGAGGAGGAGCAGGGGAAGGAGCAGGGGGAGGAGCCGAGGGGGGUAUGGGAAGAGCUACAGGGGGAGGAGCAGGUGGGGGCGGUUUAGCUGCAGGAGAGGGGGAGGUCGCAUCUGGAACAGGCACGUCUCAUCUCGUGGGCAAGCAGUAUGCGUUGACUGCGGAUGACUGGUUUGACCACGACCCCCCUGGAGAUGGGCUGUUGAGGCGCUGCGUGCACCGCGCGUCUGGCAGUCUCCUCACAUGCCGCAGCAUCUCUAAGCAGAGCAUUCGGCAGCAGGCGGGCGGAGGCCAUUGGAGUGGUGGUGGCGGUGAUGGAGUCGCAGCAGCAGGCGAGGCCAUCGGGGUGGAAGUGGCAGUGAUGGAGUCACAGCAGCAGGCGGAGGCCAUCGGGGUGGAGGUGGCAGUGAUGGAGGUGCUACAGCCGCAUGCACACAUCAUUGCCCUCAGAGACAAGUUUGAGAGCCUCACGUCCGUGCAUCUCAUUCUGGACCCAGUGUCGCGCCUCUCUCUGCACGACCGCAUGCGCCAGCACGGCCCCAUCCCUCAGCACCACGCAGCACCGCUCUGCCUCGCGCUGCUGCACGCGCUGCACCACUGCCACUCUCAAGGCGUGGCCCACCGCAACCUCACGCCCCACGCUGUCGUGUUUCCAAGUGAUGACAGCCCUCUGGGUGAUGCCCGGCUGAGUGGGUUCGAAUGUGCAGCUUUUGUCACACCAGGAGUCCCCUUCACACACCCAGUGACAUCCCCAUUGUUCGCAGCACCAGAGGUGCACGCGGGAAUGUACGGCACACAGGCCGACCUCUGGUCCCUCGGAGUCCUGCUCUUCCUCCUCCUCUGCGGAGUCCCGCCCUUCUGGGCGGCCACGGCCGGCGGGAUUCGGCGCGCAGUGCAGCAGCAGCAGGUGGCGUUCCUGUCGCCCCGGUGGAAAGACGUAUCUGAUGAGAUGAAGCAGCUGCUGCUGCUGCUGCUCGAAAAGAAUCCUGCAGACCGGCUCACGGCCGUCGAGGCUCUAGUGCAGCAGCAGCAGCAGGUGGCGUUCCUGUCGCCCCGGUGGAAAGACGUAUCUGAUGAGAUGAAGCAGCUGCUGCUGCUGCUGCUCGAGAAGAAUCCUUCGGAGAGACUUACAGCAGCAGAGGCUCUAGCGGGGGGGAUUCGGCGGGCAGUGCAGCAGCAGCAGGUGGCGUUUCUGUCGCCCAGGUGGAAGGAGGUAUCGGAUGAGAUGAAGCAGCUGCUGCUGCUGCUGCUCGAGAAGAACCCGGCAAACCGACUGACGGCAGCCGAGGCUCUAGCAGGAGCAGGGGGGGAUUCGGUGUGCAGUGCAGCAGCAGCAGCAGAUGGCGUUCCUGUUGCCAGGUCGGCUGUUGCUGCUGCUGCUGUUGCUGCUGCUGCUGUUGCUGCUGCUGCUGUUGCUGCUGCUGCUGUUGCUGCUGCUGUUGCUGCUGCUGCUGUUGCUGCUGCUGCUGUUGCUGCUGCUGUUGCUGCUGCUGCUGUUGCUGCUGCUGCUGUUGCUGCUGCUGUUGCUGCUGCUGCUGAUGCUGCUGCUGCUGCUGUAGAAGAAUCUCUCAGUGCGACUCACAGCCGCUGA